AUGUUAUUGAUGUCGCUCCCAAAAGACCACGUACUUGUCACUGGUUCGCAUUAUCGUCUUAUUGAGCGCACCGUCCCAUCACAUGGACAGUUACAAGAAAAGAAGUGUGAGAUGUUAAGUGGUGUCAAGCCACGAAAAGGGGUUGAAAUUGUUCCAAUUGUGUACUACCCCGUCACGCAACGUCAGUCACAAUUUGUAGUAAUUAAUCAAUUCCGUCCCCCCGUUGGGUACACGUGGCAAUUUCCAGCAGGACUUAUCGAUGACGGAGAAGAGCCUGAGCGAAGUGCAAUGCGUGAGUUAACGGAAGAGACUGGGUUUAUUGGCGAACGAGUGCUUCGCAUGACAAGUGUCAUCUAUCCGUUCCCCGAGUAUUCGGACACACAAAUUCGGAUGGCAACAAUAUUAAUCAACGGGGAUGAUCAGAUGAAUACAAAGCCUAUUCAAUACCUCGGGAUGUCUGAAAGUAUUUUUGUGCAUCUUGUUGAUACAACCCAAUUCAGCGAAUUUGUGUGGAAAAAAGUCGAAAAGAAUGAAAAUGUUGGUGGAAUGAUGUUUAGCUUGGCUUGUGGAAAUAUGUUUCUUGGAGAUCGCUUCUCAUUUCUAAACUAA